GACGUUGAUUAGUUUCCAUAAUCUAAAAAAAGAUCCUACAGAAAAAUAAUAAAUGCAAAAUGAGUUGUCACGUCCCUGGAUGUAUGGGAAACAAGAAAAAAGUGAGAUUACAUGGUUUUCCAACAAGAAAUGACAAAAUGUACGAAAUUUGGAUUAAACGAGCGAAUAAUCCGAAACUGGAUGGUAUAAAGCUCGAAAUUAUGCGCACAAGUCGAUUUGUUUGCGACAAUCAUUUUGCUGAUUGUUGCAAAAUAGAACCACCGAAGAGAAAAAUGUCAAAUCUUAAAGUUAAUGCGCUGCCAACUAUAAAUAUGCCUGGAUUUGAUGGAGACCCUCUCAAUGAAGAGAACUGCCUUUUGGAUAAAGCAACUUUCCAGCUUGGUAAGAAUUUGAAACCAAGAAAAAAGAGAACAUUCAAUUUUCAUUUCACAAACUAUAUUGAAAAUUCUAUGAACAGAAAUGAUAACAUAUCCGCUCAGAGAGAAUGUUAUACUCCAGAAAUCUUGCCUGACAAUAACACUCUUUUUGCACAUUGUAAUGGAGCUCAUGUGAAACAAGAAGAUGAGGCUGAAGAAGAAGUUGAUGUGAAACAGGAAGUAUAUGUGAAACAGGAAGCAUAUGUGAAACAGGAAGUAUAUGUGAAACAGGAAGUUGAUGUGAAACAAGAAGUUGAUGUGUAACACGAAGUUGAUGUGUAACAGGAAGUUGUGUCCAAUGCAGGGGCAAUACAGGAACAUGUCAUGCCUCUGUAGAAAACAGGUGAUAGUUGAACGAACAGCCAGUACAAGUAUUUUGAGACACUUUUGGGAGAGUCGGGAGAAAAAUUCUUUUAUAGUACUCCAAAGUAGCAAAUGUGUGAGAAGACUUCCAUGUAGCUGCAUGCUUGUUUCAACAACACAAAUAAAAUUAAAUGUAACUUUUCCAAAAUAUGCAGAUGCAACUAGAGCCAGGAGCGAGAUGACUUACAUA